CACAUGACUUACCCGGAAGUAGAGACCACUUUCUGUAGCUGUCUGUGUACUCCACCUGCAGUAGUGGCAGUCUGACAGCAUGGGCUCUGGGCUCCAGGGUGGCAGAGAAUGCUGGGGGUAAGGGGGCAGGGUGAUGUGGGGAAUCUGAAGGGCUGUGUGCAAGGGAACAUGAAGUGGGGUGCAGGGGUGUGCCAUAAACAGGGGCAGUUUUGGGGAAUGCCCCUCUGAAAUCCAUUGUUGACCCCUUCACUUACCCAGAAUCACAAAGCAGACAAAUAGAGGGAGGGAUGUGGCAGGCAUUGUCUGCAGGAGCUAAAACAAAAUGUGAACAUGAAUUUGGUCACAGGUCCCAUGAUGCUAAUCCAGCCCCCAGGAGUUUAUAUUCCAUGUCAGAAGUGUCUUAUAUGUCUGGCUGGCUUUAAUGGGAGAGGUAGUCCAGAAUAAUUAGAGUGGCACUGUCAGGCAGCUAAAUGUAAUUGGUUGGGCACAUCCACUAAACUGGGAUUUUGUCAGAAUUGGCAAGGGGUUUGCAAAUUUUAGGCAAAGCUAACUGGAAAGCAAGGCAUGGUUAGAUUGCUGCUUUUUUGCAUUUUUUUACUAUGGUUUUAUGCAAUUAGACGACACUCUCAGCCAAUUAGCUAAGCGCUGCUUGGGAAAUUCUUAGACAUGCCCCACUUAUAGAACUUUGCCCCAGAAAUGCUUUUUGUGUCCAAUAAAGGGGUUUAUUUUCUAAACUCUGGAUUGCAGUAAUUUAAGAAAAUAAUUGCAUACUGUAGAACAAAAUUAGCUGCUCUGGAAGCUUUAUCCAGACAUUUUUCCACUUUUGCAAUUUUGUCCAAAAUGUAGUUUUCAGAUCACUGCAAUCAUCUAUUUUGUGGUGGGGGGAAGGGGAGAAAGGGUUUAUGUUUAUGAAAAAAAAAUCUCUUAGCACGCAACAGAAACGUGUACAAGCUAACUUUUGCUGGUGUUAUAUCUGAAUUAUCAAGGUCCCAUAUUUUCUGAAAAUUACAAUAAUCGCUGUCACCAGGAAACCUUAUCAUGUAGUUAAGAAGACAUGACACAAGGGAGCUGUAAAAAUAGAGGGAGUUAUUUAUUUUCCCUAGAUAGUGCUGACAUUACCACUGCAGAUGUUUACAAACUACAAUUACGGUGAUGCACCACUAAGCAUCAUGGAACAUUUUCAGUGCCAAGAUGUGCAAUUAAUACAUAUAUCACCAGAAAGGAGUCUCUCUUUAGACUGAAUUAUGGAGGGAUACUCAGAAUUCUGUAUCUUUUUUGGGGGGUUAAAGCAUGACAGUUAUGGUGGUUGAGAGAGGGGGGGGAAAGGGUUUUUAAACAGUCGAUGGACAUAACAAAAUUCUACUGGGAAGAGAAAACAAGGCUGUCCGUCACACUGCUUUGUCCAUAUCAACUGUAUUCUUAUUAUUUUUUUCUAGGAUGAUUACUGAUCUAAGGGAUGAGUUAAAAUGCUCCAUCUGCCUGAAUUUUUACACUGAUCCCGUGAUGCUCAGCUGCGGGCAUAAUUUCUGUCGAGUCUGCAUUGACAAAGCACUGGAUUCGCAGAAGGAACAUGGAAAUUAUACAUGUCCUGAUUGCAGAGCAAAGUAUUGCGAGCGUCCUGCUCUGCAGAGGAACAUAAAACUGUGUAACGUAGUAGAGCUUUUCAUUUCUACACAAUUAAAACAUGAGCAUUCUGUGAGUUUCUGUGAUUUCUGUGAUGUCCUCACACCUUCUGUUAAGAUAUGUCUGAACUGUGACGCUUCCCUUUGUGAGGCUCACCUGACUGUGCACAACAAGUUAGCAGAGCACCUCUUAAUUAAAGCUACGGAAUCACAACAGAACAGAAAAUGCUCUGUCCAUGGGAAGAUCUUAGAGUAUUACUGUUUCAAUGAUGCAGUUUGUGUCUGUAUGUUCUGCUGCUUGGCUGAAGAACACGGGGGUCAUCAAGUGGAAUUACUAUGUAAAGCUGCUGAGAAAAAGAAAGACAAAUGGAGAGUUGAUCAGGACAAACUGACCUCAGAGAAAGUCCAGAUGGAUCAACGAGUCCAGAGACUAGAGAACCACAUGCAAGAUGUACAAAGUAAAGCAGCCUUUCUGGGAAAGCAAGUUUCUGCCAUAAUCAGUGACAUAAAGGAACAAUUAGAAGAUCUAGAAAAGAGGGUACUGGAUGAAAUAUCAAAGCAGAAAGAUGAGGUCUUCAGCCAAGUCUCUGAUAUGGUCCAGCAGCUGAAGAUGAAGAGCAUGGUACUGACUGAUGAGAUCUGUCACUUUGAACAUCUGUGCAACAUAGAUGGCCUAUUAAAUGUCUUGCAAGUGAAAGACCAGGAAAGUGCAAACCACUUUGGCUCUAAAAUGGUAGAAAAUAAUUCUAACUGGAUGAGUGAUGAAACAUCCCAGGAAGUAAAAGGUCUAGACGAGACUUUGAUAUCCAUUGCCUUUGAGAGGAGUCUCCACAACUUAGUGAAUCUUCUUCCUGUUUUGAAGGCAAAGAGAGGGUUCUCCAUACAGAAGGAAUCUGACAUAUUACUCGAUGUUAACUCCUCUCCUACUGACGUUAUUGUUUCCGAUGAUCUGAAAAUACUCACUGGCUGCAGUAGACAUUGGCAGAGCCAAGACACAUCCGACCAGUAUGUGAUAUGUCAAGCUUUAAGUAACAGAAGCUUUUCAUCCGGACAACAUUACUGGGAAGUUGAGACAAGUAAAUCAGGAAACUGGAGAAUAGGGGUCAGCUAUUCCACCGGGAAAAUGAGAGGGGUCCACGAUUUAAUUGGAUCAGAUAAUAAGUCCUGGUGUUUAUGGAAAUGGGAUAGCUUUUCUUCGGUAAAACACAACCAGAAACAAAGCUAUGUUUAUCUGGACCCAUUUGUCCACAGAUAUGGAAUAUACUUGGAUUAUGAAGCCGGUCGCCUGUCAUUUUAUCAGCUAUGUGACCCAAUUCAGCACUUACACACCUUCACUGCCACCUUCACAAAACCUCUCCAUGCUGCAUUCUUUGUGUAUAUGAAUGGCUGGGUCCGACUCUGGAAUUAGGAAUGCUUGUUGCCUCACCCAAAAAAAUGUUUUUUUUUAUUUUUCUCAUUCUUUCUUUUAAAUUGUUUCCUGAAGUGUCCUUCACAGGCGAUAUAUAUUUGUAUGUGUAUAUAUGUAUGUUUGUGAAUUCAGGUGCCUUGUCUGUUUCUUUGUUUAAUAAUUUCAGCGCGCUUCGGUAGUGGUAUAUUUAAACAAUAUAUUAAACAUAGGGUUAUGCACUAACGUGUAUUUCAAGUUUAAGGCUUAACUAGACAGACUGGAAAAAACUUCCGAUUCAGCUAUUUUGGCCUCAAAUUUGAAAUUAAUUUUUAAUUCCCAUCGGUUCUUACAUUAUUAAGUAAGGUAAUAUUGCUCAGAUUACUUCUCACUGGCUAAUAUUAUGAAACAAAUCUCACCUAGGAUAGCCUUUUCUUGCUGCGAGUUACAGUUCUGUAAUUAAUUGUCAAAAAAAUUCACUGAGUGAGUGAAACCUAGUUUGAGCAAGAGGUUCAAAAAAUAAAACGGUGAAUGUCAAGUUGUUUGAUGUUUUUGUAUUUAUUGCACAAUUUCCGAAUAAAUGUUUCUCAACUUUGGAUGGAAAGACUUUAACAAUAGACAGGGGAAAAAUUAAUUUGAAAAAGAAUACAUGGCUAAAAUGGAAAAAAGAACCUUUAAGUGCAAAAACUAGAAUUAAAUAUAUGUAACGGAC